AUGGAAAAGGCAGAUCCCAAGUCCAAGGACAAGGGAUCCUUCUCCAGCGACCGAGCUGAGUACCGAAGGGCGGAGAACGGACCCACCAAGAGCAGACCUUACGAACGCUUCACUCCGACCACGAUUCCAAUCUCCGAGAUCCUAACGAACAUCGAGGAGUCUGGAAUGGAAAAACUCCUCAAACGACCUGAGAAGCUUCGGGGAGCCCCGGAGAGGCGCAGCAAGGACAAGUAUUGCCGCUUCCAUCGGGAGCACGGCCAUAACACGUCAGAUUGCUGGGAAUUAAAGCGCCAAGUUGAGGAUCUUACUCAAGAUGGCUACUUCAAGAAAUUCGUGGGGAAGCCCAGGACCAACUCGGCAGAAAAGAAGGAAGAAAGGAAGCGUUCGAGGACGCCGCCCCGGCGCAUUGACCGACCUGCGGUCAUCAAUACCAUUUUCGGAGGGCCAAGCGGGGGCCAGUCCGGACAGAAAAGAAAGGAGUUAGCUCGUGCAGCCAGGUGCGAGGUGUGCAUCAUCAGGGAGCAGAGGCCGACCUGCCCAAUCACCUUCGAUAGUGCAGACUUGGAGGAGGUCCACCUACCCCACAAUGAUGCACUUGUGAUCGCUCGCUUGAUUGAUCAUGUGGUGGUCAGAAGAGUACUAGUAGACGGGGGCGCGUCUGCUAACAUCCUGUCCCUACCAACAUAUCUCGCCCUAGGAUGGACAAGAUCACAAUUAAAGAAAAGCCCGACACCGCUAGUUGGGUUCUCUGGAGAGUCGGUCACCCCACAGGGUUGCAUCGACUUGCAGGUCACAUUUGGGCAAGACAAAACACAGGUCACCCAAAUGGCCGAGUUCGUGGUGAUUGACGGUAGAUCGGCCUAUAACGCCAUCUUUGGGAGACCCAUCAUCCACUCAUUUCGGGCCGUUCCCUCAACACUUCAUCAAGUUUUGAAGUAUUCCACCCCUAAUGGCGUGAACACAGUCUGA